AUGGAUUUUCCGCCUCCUAAGCCGUACGGAGAAUACAGAAACUGGGCGGAGCUGCCGCCGGAACUGACGUCGGAGAUCCUGCACCGGCUUGGUGCGUUUGAGAUGCUGAAAACCGCUCAGAAAGUGUGCAGAUCGUGGCGUGACGUCUGCAAAGACCCCUUGAUGUGGCGGAAAAUUGACAUGCGCAACCUCUGGGACUUUAGAUACGAUUACGACCUCGAGAAAAUGUGCCGUCACGCGGUUGAUCGCAGCCAAGGCGGCUUGGUCGAGAUCGAUAUUUGGUACUUUGGUACUGAUAAGCUCCUCAAUUACAUCGCCGAUAGUUCAAGGAAUCUGAGAAGCCUUAAACUUGCAAUGUUCUCUGGAGAACUAACAGACUAUGGAUUUGCCAAAGCAGUUGAGAAACUCCCAUUGCUUGAGGAACUCGAGGUUUCAUACUGCAGAGUGUCAGCAGAGUCUAUGAAAGUUGUAGGCAAGUCUUGUCCAAAUCUAAAGACAUUAAAGCUAAACCGUGGGGAUUACGAGUACUCUUAUGAUGAUGCUUUUGCAAUCGCUGAAACAAUGCCCGGACUUCGUCAUCUCCAGCUUUUCGGGAACAUGUUAACAGACGACGGCUUGAACGCCAUUCUUGACAAUUCUCCUAACCUGGAACACCUUGAUUUACGCCAGUGUUUAGACGUUUACUUUGAUGGGGAUCUGGAGAAGCGGUGUUUCGAGAGUAUCAAAGUUGUGAGACGACCUUAUGACUCCACUCAUGAUUACCCGUAUGAUGCAACGUGGGAUCCAUGGGAAGAAGAGUACCGUUCUGAUGCCAGUAUAAUAACAGAACCUGAAUAUGACCAGUCAGGCAGUGACUACAAUGCUUACGACUUUGACUAUUAUUAUUAUGCUUAUGACCCUGACUACGACCAGUAUGAUAUUUAUUUACAAUGA